AUGGCUUUCACUUUGCUGAGCCCACUGCCCGCGCAUCUGUUCCCCCGUCCCGUGGACCUGUCUGUUGCAUCGGAGGGCGAUGAGAGCCUGGGCAUUCAGGAGCAGGGCUUGAGUUGGCACGGGGCGCUGGGGGCAGCUCUACCUUUCCGGCAGGAGUCUGGUGGCAUCGUUGUAAGACAGCGGAACACGACCAAUGCCCGGGAGAGACACAGAACUCAUAACGUGAACACCGCGUUUACCGCGCUACGCACGCUCAUCCCCACGGAGCCAACAGACAGGAAACUGUCCAAAAUAGAGACGCUCCGACUGGCGUCCAGCUACAUCUCUCACCUGGCCAACGUGUUAGUGGACGGAGACGGGAGGGAUCAGCCGUGUCUGAGGACCAGCAAACAGGACAGGAACAUAUGUACCUUCUGUCUCAGCAGCCAGCGGAAAGAGGCCAAAGACAGACAGGACUGUGUGAAGCUGCAUGGACACAGGAUGAGACACAGCUGUCGAUAAGAUGAAGGCACACAGCGUUUGUGAAACUUGGAACU